AUGUUGCCACCACCAUCCAACAUGGCUCGAGAGGAUCGUGAUCCAAGAUUGAUGAUAAAGUCAACGAUCAAAGGUGCCAAACUCCAUUCCAGUGGUGACCUCAACUUGAUGUUGCGAUACAACGCCACUCAAAUGUUCAUUCAAUCAUUCAACAACAUUAUCGAAGCAUCCGCCAAAGACUAUUCCAUCAGCUCCGAGUUGUUGUGGAAGGCAAUGCAAUACAACAACACAACAGCGUUCAAAUACAUGUACUUCAACACGACGUGCAUGAUACUUGACUCUCCUCCAGAAGACUUCCCACUGUCAUCGGCCUUGUGUAAACAUGGCAACAUCGACAUCUUCAAAUGGUACAUCGCGACAACAAUGAGACAAGAGUUACCCAAAGAUUUGAUCCACAUAUUCAUGCUGAUGGACACGGGCAACGAACAGUUUGUGCGUCUGGUACUCGAGCAUGCCGAAUCAUUCAGAACCAGUAAUGACAAGGAACACUCCAAAUACAAUAUGUUCAAGUUCCGCAGUCGUGGCAUCAGUGUUGGCAUUCUCAGAAUGAUGCACGAGUAUGGCCAGUGUCUGUAUCGAUAUCGCUAUAUUUGGCACCGGGCAUUGCUUCACUCUGUAAAGUGCAACAUGAUGGACAGUGUGCAGUACAUCAUUGACAAUGUACACGAUAUUGAGAUGAACAUAUUCUCGCCCGAGUAUGACGUGAUCUACAAGUGUUUGAUGCGAUGUGCUAAGGCUGGGAACAUCAGCAUGUUCAACCUGUUGAUCAACACUCAGAUUGGUGGAGAAUGUCUCAGCUACACCGAUGUGAAUGAGUUGGUCAAGGUAGCAUGCGAUCACAGUCAGAUGGACUUCCUGCAACACCUCGUCGACAAUCACAAUGGCAAUGGUAGCCCUGGCAAGAUGCCCGUGUCAAUACUGGCAUGCAUUCGUAGCGAUGACUUGGAGGGUAUGGAGUCACUCAUUCAACGAGGUGAUGUUAAUGUUAAUGUCUUCGAACUGGACGCCAAACUCUGUCACAGGAUGUCCGCGUCCAUGGCGGUGCUCAUUACGAGUCCAAGGAUCACUCGAUUGAAGCUUGGCAUCGAGUCACUGGUCAACAUGGUGGAGGUCGUAAGCAAGGGCAAGCAUGCCAGCAACAUCACAGUGGACGUAGUCUGCAACUUCAUACUCAACUGUGACUUUGAUCUAAAUCACGAUGAAACAACUUAUAUGAUCAACAGUGCCAUGGUCACUGCGGCUGGCUUCUCUGUCCAAGUGUUGGAACACAUACACACUCGAUUCGAUCAAGCCUAUGGUUCGGAUAUGCUUGGGAAUGCAAUCAGAAUGCAAUGUCGAGAGACAAUAUUAUUACUCCUCAAUCAUUUGUACGAGAAUACCAACAUUGAUCUUGUCGUACAUACAAGCGGUGUAUUCCGCCUUGGAACAUUGGAUUUGAUGAAUGAGCACAUUGAGGUGUUGGAGUAUGUCAUCAGUCAUACCCCAUUGGAGGCAAUCAAAAACAAGGACGAGUUGAUCGGUGACAUCAUUCAAUCAGCACUUCGCAAUGAUCGACCACAAGCUAUCCAGUGGCUUGAGAAUAAGUUUGGAUACGAUGCAAUUGCCAAGGCCAUGCGAGCUCCAAAUCUAUCGGCUCUAAACACGUGGAUCCAUCUUGGUAACGCACCGCACACUUUGGAGCACCUCUUUAGCUCUACGCCAUUCACAAACCUUCCCAGGAUUGAUCGAUUGCGAGCUCUAUACACGAUCUUGAAUCAAUUUACUUGCAAUACUCAUGUGAUCAGGUUGUGCUCUGAUCAGAUCAAGGCCAUCACAUCACAAGUGUCACUAGAGAGUGAUAACUCAAUACAACCCAAUGUGGAGAACACACCAACUCAUGUUGCAUCAACAAGGCUACAGACCGUACUCCAUUCAGUGUUCAAUGAUCACAAGCUUGGGAUGCUCAUCAUGUCGCAUGUUGGACAUGUUCACAGAUCACUUGGCAUUCCAUUCGACAAAGUGAUCAAAGGUUCAAAGUUGUUGGACAAUCAUUCAUUGAGUGAUUACCUCAGAUAUGGUGCCACCGAAUGGUUCCUCCAAUCAUACUCAAACUCAAUAUUCAUGUCCAAGACACAUCAUCGACCGCGAACCAACUCAUCACUUCUUGAACUGGCAUUUCUCAAGUGUGACUCACGAGCGAUUGAUGCACUCUUGAACAACCCCUGCAUGACGCUCCGUCCUAAAGAGAAUGGAGGACAUCUUGGGUUUUUGUACAUUGUGUCAACAUGCAAACAUCCAGAUUGGGAGAGAAUAUUUGAUCAAUACCUCACGAUCAAUGAUCGCAAGACUGUUCUCGAGAGCAUUGGCAAUCGCUAUGAAUAUAUCCAACACCCAUCAUUCAUUCGCAAGCUUGUCAAGUAUGGUUGCCUCAUCAAUAUCCCAUCAUUUAACAUAAGAGAAUCAACAGAGUGGCUCACCAAACCAUAUGCCAUGGAGAUGCUAGAGACUCUGUUUUACCAAGCGGUACUCGGCACAGACUACCAACAACAUCUCAUUCUAGAAGCGAUCAAACACAAUAUCAUUACGGUUGUGGAAUAUUAUAUCGACAACCGUCCUUUAUUGCUGAGUGGCAAUCAUGAAAUGAAGCGACAAGCGAUACACGAUUUACUCGUAGAAUAUUGUUGUAGAUAUGGACGAGUCGAGUGUCUGGCAGCCAUACUACCAAUCAUCCCAGGACAAUCAUUCCAAAAGUCCGAGAAUGACAAUAAGCCUAAAGUCAACCUACACAAUGGCUUCAUGGUGGCAGCGGGGAAAGGCCACGUGGAGAUCGCCGAGGUGAUCCACUCGCUCAUAUUGUCAAAUGGGCUCUAUGACAUUGUAGUCAUAUAUUCAUCAUUGACUGAGGCCUUCAAGAAUGGUCACUUGGACAUGAUCAACUACCUCUUCAAACUCAUCUCAUCAUCGUCAUUUGCUGAUCAAGUUGAUUCUGACAGGCUACCCUUCAUCCAUGAUAUUCAUGCCAAUAUUAUGUCUGUGGAGUUUGUUGAGCGAUUGAUGACCGUCACACCUACAUUCUUUGUGAAGAACAAUUAUAUGCUAUUGGAAAUUGCAAUCGAAGUUGGAAACAGAGAGGUGAUCGAUAUUAUGGACAAACACAACAUCGACAUGGACGAAGUACUUUGUAUCCGUAUUGUUCAAUUGGCUAUGGAUAUCAUCAAACGAGACGACAUUGAAUCAUUAGACUUUGUGGUCGAGUUGGCCAUCAGUGUGUCUGGGAUAAUGCACAUACAUAAGCUCAAAGACAUCAUUGACCUGAAUGAAUGCAACACACCAUCGACACUCGCUCACAUCAUGGACAAAGGAUUCCUCAUUGUCGACGAUAAUGAUCUGCAAUCACACUGCCAGCAGUUAGAGUUGUUGUUGAGUCGUGCUUGUAUCAACAAUAACAUUGACUUGAUGCAAGUUGUCCAUCAGCGAUGUACCACACCCACCCAGCUCCAAAGACAUCUUCCAUCUUUGGACAGCCUGAUUGAGGCCUCCAAAAAGAACAAUCAUCAGAUGCUCAGCUAUCUGUUUGAAGGUGACGAUUCACCAUUCAAUCGAGCCAACCCUCCAAUCAACAUGGCCAGUUUGAUCAACACAAUCCGCCAUCACUCAAUUGACAAUGGACAUCUCAACAUCAUCAAUAUGUGUGACCGCCUUUUGAAUUGA